GCCCGCGCACGGCCGCGCGUCAGAGGAGCGCCGGGCGGCCAUGGGCGUCUGCCAGUUCUUCCUGCGGGGCUGCUGCCGCUUCGGGGAGCGCUGCUGGAACCAGCACCCCCGCGGGCCGCCCCCCGCGCACGUUUCUAGUGGAAGAGGAGGAGGAUGGGGUACCUCUAACCAGAGAUACAGUAAUGUUAUCCAGCCAUCUUCGUUCAAGUCGGAUACGUGGGGUGGCAGCAGAGAUCAUGGAAGAGGAUUCUUUGGUUCCUCUGACUUUGGAUCGUCAGGCGGCAGCAGCAGAAACGCAGACUUUUCACAGAACAGGUUCUCUGCCUUAGCCAACAGUCAAAGUGUUGCUGAUGGCUCUAAAGAUGAAGAGGAGAGACUUAUUGAAUGUGUAGUGAAAGACAUGGAAAUAUGGGAAUCUUCUGGACAAUGGAUAUUUUCAUGUUACUCACCAAUGAAAGAAAAACCAAAUGUCUCAGGCUUUUCAGAUGUCUCACCAGAAGAGCUGCGUCUGGAGUAUUAUGACAGCAGAGCAAACAAUAUAAUUGGAAAUUAUAUAGAUGCUGUCCAAAAGUUAGCAUUACAAUGGAAAAAUCGGCUACUUCAGUUGAAAGCUUUAAAUGCAUCAACAAAAGCAUCUUUGUUCCUGUGUGCAGCAAUAAACAAUUUCUGUAUUCAUGUUGCGCUGAUGGCGGUGUGA